AUGUCGUGGAAGGACGUGCAGAAGUACUUCAACGGUGGCGGCGUGUGCUUCACGCACCAGCCGGGGUACGACUACCGCAUGAAUUGCGUGUUCACGGACGGCGUGCCGUCUGCUGUGCUGGAGAUCGAGGUGCAGUCGCCUGCGUGGUUCACGUUUGUGAUUUCGCAGGACGACAGGCGGUGCCAGGUGAACGCGUCGGAGUACAAGCCUGUGAUGAUCAGCAUUGCGGAGCCCGUGGAGGGCGACAUGUACAAGGUCGUGAUGAACUCCUCGGCGAACGGCGCGCGGCCGACGUCGGACAAGUGGACGUUCCUGCAGGCGCGCGACAUCUCGCUGAUCCACAAGCUGGACGUUGGGAAGUACAUUGUCGUGCCGCGCAUCAUGCCCUUGGAUGACCCGAUUGAGCCUGUACCGUACGUGCUGGGGAUGAUCUGCAACAAGGAGGUUGGCAACGGCGACGUAAGCGUGAUGUUCAAGCGCCUGGACGCCGGCAACCGCGUGUUUGAGAACUUCCCGAAGUUCGAGCCGGAGCUGAUGGAGGUGGAGCAGCCGGUACAGUACCAAAAGCGCGCGCCAGGGGAGGGCUUCCCGAUGACGCAGAUGGGGGAGGAGCUGCUGUAG